AUGCUCCCUUUCCCUACAAGGAGAUUGCGCACAUCAACUUGUCUGGACCACAAACUCUACCUACUCCUAAAUGUCUGUUUGUGUGCAACAGCUUGGCCACGUGGGGGCAACUGCCCAAGCUUUCAGUGGAACGCCAUGUGUCGUCCGUGUUGUGAGUACCAGCUGAUCCAGUGUCGCUGUCCCUCAAAAGGGUCGAGGGUUGGCUACACUGUCCCCUGCUGCCGCAAUGCUCUGGAUGAGUGUGACCCCUGUAUCUUUCACCCAGGCUGCAGUCUGUUUGAGAACUGUAAAGCUUGCCACAAUGGAACAUGGAAAGCUAAUGACGACUUCUUCGUCAAUGGAAAGUAUUGCAAAGAGUGUCGCCAAGGCUGGAGCGGAGGGGACUGUAAAACAUGUGGAGACGUCAUUCAACGGGCCCAGGGUCACAUAUCCAUGGAGAGUUACCCAACAAACACUCGGUGUGAAUGGACAGUGCAAGUGGGGAGGGACAGCAGCAUCGAGCUGAGGUUUUCACUGCUGAGCCUGGAGUCAGACCAUAACUGUCGUUAUGACUAUGUUGAGUUGCGUGACGGCAACGAUUUGAGCUCCCCUGUGAUUGGAAGAUUUUGUGGGGAUCAGCUGCCUCCUCCAAUUAAAAGCUCUGGGAACAACGUGCACAUCCUGUUCUCUUCAGAUGGAUUCAACAACUUUGAUGGCUUUGUUCUGACAUUUCAGGAAAGUUCAGCCAUCAAGAAUCCAGAGUGUAUACUUCCAGAGAAACCUGUGAAUGGGCAUUUGCUGCCUUUUUAUGGAUCAAAGGAGGAGCUUGUAUCUGUACAUUACCGGUGUAAUCUACCUUUUACACUGAUAGGCUCCCAGCAGAGGAUCUGUCUGCCUAAUAGCACAUGGAGUGGCACAGUUCCCAUGUGUGUCAAAGGCCGAACAAGCAGAGUCCGGUGUGCCCCUCCCUCUAAAUUGCUCAAUGGCUACCACAGACCUGCUAGUGACACAGCUGGAGGUGAAGAGACCAUUGGGUUUUUCUGUAAAAACUCUUACAUCCUAAUUGGAAACCACCAGAGUACCUGCCUCUCUAAUGGAUCCUGGAGUAGCAGGCCACCCAGGUGUUUGAGAGCAUGUCGGGAGCCCAAAGUGUCGGAACUUGUGCGACAAAUUGUUGUGAAGCCACAUCGGAUAUCAAGCGAGAAUCCAGACCAAAGAAUCCCCCUUUCAUCAAGAUACAACAUGCAUGAUCUUUUAUCAGCUGGCUUUAUUCAACUCAAAUUGAAUAAACAGUCAGAAAAAGAUGACACCGGUUUCCUGGAGUCUCCUAAAGGUUUUCACCCAGUGCACACAAGGAUUGAGUACAAAUGUUCCUCCCCGCUAUAUCGCCCCACAGGUAGCACCCGACGCACCUGUCUGAGAUCUGGCAGGUGGAGUGGUCGCCAUAUUUCCUGCUCACCAGUUUGUGGCAAAUUCAACACUUCCAAUCUACACAACCUCACAGACACGCUGUUGCCAUGGCAUGCAGCCGUCUAUAUCCGCACACCUGCUGAACAUACUGGCAGCACCCACAGGCCCAGUGGAGAAGCCAUUUCUCUCCAGCAGGGGGCCUCAGAGGAGUCCACAUUCUGGCUCCUGGCCUGCAGCGGGGCUCUGCUCACCCAGCGGAGCGUCCUGGUGGCCGCUCGGUGUGUGGUAGACAAGGACAAGCAGCAGACCCUCCACCCAGCACAUGUAAAGGUUGUCACAGGCCUGCAGUACCAGACAUCCAGGGGUCGUCAGAAAAGCCUGCACCACCUCAGGGUUUCAGAUAUUUUAGUCUAUCCAGAUUUUUACUCUGCACCAGACUCCCAAGUGGCUGUGCUUAAGCUAAGAGACAAGGCCAAGAUCAGUGAGCGUGUGUUGCCAGUGUGUCUACCCAAAGUUCAAGGUGGAGAGGUCACAGCGUUUGAGGCUUACACUUCGAGGUGGAUUUUACCAAACGAUCACCUUAGCGGCAACACUCCCUCGAGCCAGACAAGACUUGUUGAGUUGGUUGAUGUUACUCAAUGUGAAAGGGAAUUUGCCGAAGGAAGAGCCCACACAACAAUGAUCAGUGACAAUACACUGUGUGUCAUGAGGAAGUCCAGUCCUCAAAAGCCCUGUUCCAGUGUUAUUCCAGGUAUCACAACCAUGCCAGCUGUGUUGACAUCAACAAGCGGUGACUUGCCGGGUCACAAGGAGACUCAGGGAGCUUCAGGCUCUGGCUGGCAACUUCUUGGUUUAGAGAGUUAUAGCUACAAGGAAGAUAACUGCCACCAACAGACUUACACAGUUCAAACAAGAAUAGCUAAUUUCCGAGACUGGAUAGAGAAAAAUAUGAAGUAGGUUUACCCUCUCAAUAUUUAAUGUAGAGCUGAUUUAUCUGUAACCUCUCAGAUGGUCAUUUAUUUCCAGGUAAAGCUCACAGUGAUGGUGGAGCGGACAGUGAAAGCACAACAUUUGGCAACAUUUGUACCUGCUCUCUGAGUCAAUAUCAUGAAGAGUGGAACUCUACCCGUAUAUCUUAUGUGUGCAUGUCAUUGUUCAGGAUUUGGGCCACUUCAAAAAACUCAACAGGAUCUGCUUAACACACACAAUCACAUGCUCAUGAUGUGUGAAUGUAAUG